UGUCAGACAUAGAUGAUUCAGAAACUACAACCAACAAAUUGCGGCACACUGAAAUGAAACAUAUGGAUACAAUCCUCAGACAAUCUUCUCUGAACACUGACUGACUGGUGACCUUAUUUCGAGCCUUUACAACUAUAACUUCCGAACUUUUAGGUGAAGGCAACACUUUACCUGCGUGUGGAGAGCAGCUGAUCUGAGUGAAAAUGAUUCAGAGGCGUCGAGGUGAAACUGACCUGACGCAGAAGUGAAAGUAGCCAAGGACGUUUCUGGUUUCAUCAAAUGGCAGCAGGAAUCACAGGCUGUUUAUCAGAGCUGUCUGCAUGGAGGAGACCCUAAAGACGGCGUAAUGGCCAUAGAGAGCAGUGCGUUGAAUACCUGUGACUACAGCCACAAUGUCACCUUUUUCUACAACCUGGUGGGCAAGAAGAUCAGCACAAUGUGGACAACGCGGGACUAUGUAGUGAUUGGACUUGGUUUAACAGUAUGUCUAAUUGUAGUCCUGGCAAACCUGAUGGUGAUGGUGGCCAUCUUCAUGAACAACCGCUUUCACUUUCCCAUCUACUAUCUCCUUGGCAACAUGGCUGCGGCAGACCUAUUUGCAGGUAUCGCCUAUGCAAACCUGAUGUUGAACACAGGACCCUGGACUAGCACGCUCACAAAGGAGCAGUGGUACAUCCGUGGGGCUUUGAUUGACAUCAGCCUGACCGCCUCUGUGGCCAACCUGCUGGCUGUGGCAGUGGAGCGCCACCAGACCAUCAUCACCAUGCAGCUGCACAGCAAGAUGACAAAGAGGCGUGUGGUGCUGCUGAUGGUCUGCAUCUGGGCUGUGAGUGUCAUCAUGGGCCUGGUUCCCUCGACUGUUUGGAACUGUGAGUGUGAUCUGGAGGACUGCUCCACUGUCGCUCCCCUCUACAGCCGUCGCUUCCUCAUUUUCUGGGCAGUUCUCAACCUGCUCACAUUCUUCAUCAUGGUGGCCAUGUAUGCCCGCAUCCUCCUCUAUGUGAGAUACCAGAGCAGAUACACGGCCCAGCACUCCUCAGAGCCAGGCCAGACUGUAGUCAACCUGAUGAAAACUAUCUCCAUGGUUUUGGGUGCCUUCGUAAUCUGUUGGACACCUGGCCUUGUGACCCUCUUAUUGGACGGGCUUUUGGGGAAAGCCAGCCAUGCCAAUUCCUAUGAGAAGUUCUGUUUGGUGAUAGCAGAGUGCAACUCCCUGGUCAAUCCUAUCAUCUAUUCUCUGAGAGAUGAUGAGAUGCGAAGGACUUUCAAGUGGAUCCUGUGCUGCCUGUGUCAGAUUGGGGCUGGCCAGCAGAGAAAGCAUUCACCUGUGGAGAUUACCUCACCACUGCCAGAGGAAGCGCUUGGCUGCACCCAGAAGUCAGAAGAUCAGGAUGCCUGUAUGGAAACUAACAAUAAAGAAAACAGUUGGACAGUGGCACAGACAUGAGGACUGCAGGCCUAUUUACCAAGAUUUUUUGUCCUUUUUCUUUUUUUUACUGUAAUCUAUCAGCCACUCAUGUUGUAAAACUUUGCUUAAUAUGGGCAAACUUUUGCCAAACUACCUCUCUUCCAUGUAAACAAAUGCAUUAUUUGAAAAGCUG